UUCAACAUAACCCUACUUUUUUUUAGUCAACAAACACAUUUGCUUUUUAAAUUAUUAGAGGAAUUUUAGAAAAAGAACUGGAAGAAGUGUAAUUGUUAAACGACUGUUUAAAUUCAGUAAAAAAUGUGAAGGCUUUUAUCCUACAAAAUUUGAACCUAAAGAGCCUUAACUCUUUAAAUCUAAGGAGCAUACCCCUAGAUUAUUAUGGCACUAGUAAAUGCCAGUAACUCAACUAAACGGGAGAUAUCCCAAUUUUUCAACUCUCUAAGCGGAUUAGUUAAGAACCUGGAAGGUCGCUACACAACUGUCGAUCUGCGAAACGAAACUUGUGUAACGGGAAAAAUUGUCAAAGUUGAUGGCAAUAUGAACAUUGAGUUCGAAGAUGCCAUAUUUUAUGACAUGAGAGGUAAUAGUAAGCCAUUGGCCAAUUUCUUUGUGAGUGAGAGGAAUAUAAGGUAUGUCCACAUACCAAAGAGCUCAGAUGCUUUAACUUUGCUUAAAGGACAACUGGAGUCGAUGUCGAGGAAGAAAGAGAAAAAGACAAGAAAAUUCAAGCAAGUGAGGGCCGAGAAAAGACAGAAGGAGACUCUGAGCGAACACUAUAGUAAAAGUUGAACUUGACAGGUUACAAUAUUUUGGUUUCAGCAUCUUUAGUAAAGUAAAAAAAAUAAAUUGAGUAUGGGUAUUUUUAUAUGAAACAUAGGAUUUUUAAAUUAAUGUGUUGUAUACCUUUGGUUUGUAGUGUCCCAGUACCAAAAUACAUAAUAAUUUUCAUAAUAACAAUAA